UUCUCACCUUCUCUCUCUACACUAAUUUUGUGAUCAUAAUUAUUUUUCCCUCACUACACAUUCCCCGAACAUCAAUCAUUUCUCACCGCCACCAUAACCACCGCAGCCACCGCAUCCACCGCCGUCAAACAGUAAAAAUUUUCAAUAUGAGCGAGUUAACUCAGAGCGAGAUAGUCUACUCACCGUCGUCAACAACUCGGUCAAUUCAAGUAUGGCGAACGCUAUGUCAGUGGCUAGCUUUCUUCUUUCAGAUCUUCCUUCAGAUCCUCAGAACUUUAGGCCAUCUUCCUCUGCUCUCGUCUUCUAACUCGUUUAAACCGUUGCCGGUCAUCGAGUUGACCGAAACCGAAACCGAGACCGAGACCGAGAACGAGUCGUUGACCGAUACUCUUGAGAUCGGUUCUGGUCAGCAUCAUGAGUCACAGACUCCGGUCGAUCAUCAUCAGCGUUUAAAAAAACUCACGGUGGUUCUUGAUUUGGACGAAACUCUAGUAUGUGCAUAUGAGACGUCUAGUUUGCCAGCUAUUUUGCGUACUCAAGCAACAGAAAAUGGAGUUAAAUGGUUUGAGCUGGAGUGUCUUUCUUCAGACAAGGAAUCUGAAGGAAAACCUAAGAUAAAUUAUGUCACGGUGUUUGAACGUCCAGGGUUGUCUGAAUUCUUAAAGCAACUUAGUGAAUUUGCUGAUCUUGUUCUAUUUACUGCUGGCCUUGAAGGUUAUGCUAAACCCCUCGUGGACAGAAUUGAUACAGAAAAUGUAUUAAGUUAUCGGCUCUAUCGUCCUUCAACAAUUAGAACGCAAUAUCGAGAGCAUGUGAAGGAUCUCUCCAGGCUAACUGAUGAUCCUAGUCGAAUUGUUAUAGUUGACAACAACCCGUUUAGUUUCUUAUUGCAACCUCUGAACGGAAUUCCAUGUGUUCCAUUUUCUGCUGGUCAACCACAUGAUACCCAACUUCUCGACGUUGUUCUUCCACUUCUAAAGCACUUGUCUACGCAGUGCGACGUCAGACCCGUACUCUAUGAAAGAUUCCACAUGCAGGAAUGGUUUCAGAAGCAGGGAAUUCCCACUUCUAGUUGGACAUAGUCGGAUAAAUCGGAUUGUGUAGGAGACGAGAUUUUGUAUAGCAUUAGUUCCUAUGCUGGAGGCAUGGCAAAAAAGACGAAGUUUGUGAAGUUUCGGAGGAGGAUUCGCCCCGCUGCCUUCAUCGGUUCAAUAGGUACUAUUAUAAUUAUUUCUGUAGAUUCGUUAAUACUUUGAUUCUUAUUGUAAUUUUGUUUAUAUUUUUUUUCUUCUAUGAGUGUUUAUGUAUGUCAAAGUUGUGUAAAUUGUACUUUAUCAAUAUGAUCAUUGUUAGUUCACUCA